AUGAUAGGCCUUAGCUGGAACUGUAGGGGGCUUGGGAACCCCCGUACAGUUCGAGAGCUAGACCUCCUUGUGAGGACAAAGUGCCUUCAUUUUAUUUUCCUUAUGGAGACCAAGUGUGGUAGGAAAAGGGCUGAGGUAGUAAGGAACAUGUUGCAUUUUGAGAACAGCUUUGUGGUUGACAGUAGAGGGCCUAGUGGCGGGUUAGCCUUUCUGUGGAAGGACACAUUAGAUCUAACACUAGAAAACUACUCACAAAACCAUAUCUCUAUGGUACUCAGAUUAGCAGAGGAAUGUCAACAGAUCCUUCUCACUAGCUUUUAUGGCUUCCCUGAAUCAGCUAGAAAGGGGGAUAGUUGGAACCUGAUGAAACUGAUUAAACCUGCAGAGAACAUACCGUGGCUGUGCUUUGGAGACUUCAAUGAAAUCUUGCAUAAUCAUGAAAAGGUUGGAGGAGCUAACAGACCUUACUCUCAGAUGGAAGCCUUUAGAAUAUCCAUGGAAUGGUGUGGCCUGAGCGACCUAGGCUUUGUAGGACCCAAAUUCACUUGGUGCAAUAAUAGAAUGGGAACACAUUUCACUAAAGAAAGACUGGAUCGAGCAUUGGGAAACAUGCUAUGGACUAGUAUGUUUAAUGAAAACAAUUUCAAUGUUCUUGUUGCCCAAACAUCUGACCACUGCCCUCUAUUGAUAUCUCUAAACAAAAGAGGAAGAAGGGAGCUGUUUUUAGUUCCUACAAGAGAGAAAAUUUUCAGAUUUGAGGCAAGAUGGAAUCUUCAUGAAGCAUGCAAUAGCAUUAUUAAAUCCUGCUGGUCCCAUCAGGAUUCUCAACAAGUUUAUAAUAUCAACUCAGUCCUGAGGAAGCUCAACAGAUGUAAGGCCUCCCUAAAAAACUGGAGCUCAACCUUAUGGAAACAUAAGAGGGAUAUCCAAGCUCAAUUGAACAGGCUCCUGGAAAUGCAAGACUCUAACACUGGUUCAAGAACAGCUAAAGUUAAGGCUCUUCAGAAGGAGAUUGAUAAAGCCCUUGAAGAAGAAAAUCUGAAAUGGAAGCAAAGAGCUAAACAGAUGUGGCUUAAAGACGGGGAUAGGAACUCAAAUUACUUCCACAAGUGCGCUAAUCAGAGGAGGAAAAACAAUAGCAUUCAGAAGCUUGUAAGAAAUGAUGGCCUUACCACAACUGACAUAGGUGAGAUUUCUUCUAUGUUUACCACUUAUUUCCAGGAGCUCUUUUCUUCAGCAUCUCCAAUCAUCUUUGAUGUCUGUUUGAACCAAGUACAUCACCGAGUUAAUAGUGAGAUGAACUCCAACCUGACCAAACAGUUCACAGCUGAGGAGGUAAAGUCUGCCCUCUUCCAAAUGAACCCCAUGGGUGCCCCUGGUCCAGAUGGUUUUCCUGCAUUAUUUUACCAAUCUCACUGGGAUGUUGUAGGAGAAGAGGUCACUAAAGCAGUGUUGGAUAUCCUAAAUGGGAAUGGGGAAAUUUCACACAUAAAUGAAACCUAUAUUGUUUUAAUCCCGAAAGUUAAAAACCCUCUAACAGUUAUGGACUUCAGACCAAUAUCUCUUUGCAAUAUCAUUUACAAAGUGGUCUCUAAAACUCUUUCUAAUAGACUGAAGUUGAUCCUUCCUUCGAUCAUUGCUCCCACUCAAAGUGCUUUUAUUCAGGGGAGGAUGAUUCAGGAUAAUGUUAUUGUGGCUUUUGAAACUUUGCACUCCAUGUCCAUCAAAGGCAAAGGGCAACAAGGUUACAUGGCCAUAAAACUAGACCUGAGCAAGGCUUUCGAUAGGGUGGAAUGGGAGUUUUUGGCAAAGGUCAUGGCUAAAAUGGGUUUCAACAGAAGAUGGAUAUUUCUGACAAUGCAGUGUGUAACUACAGUCUCCUACUCCACACUUAUUAAUGGGAAACCUCAAGGCAAUUUCUCUCCAUUAAGAGGGAUUCGACAAGGGGACCCCCUUUCUCCCUACCUUUUCAUUCUGGUAGCUGAGGUCCUUAGCAGCCUUCUGAACCAUGCUGAAACCACCAAGCUCAUCCAGGGCUUUCCUAUUUGCAGGGGGAGGCUUAGCAUUAACCAUCUUUUGUUUGCUGAUGAUAGCCUUCUAUUCUGUCGAGCUAAUGCAAGAGAAUGGGCUUCAAUCCAGGUUAUUCUAAAUCUCUAUGAGGAGGCCUCAGGUCAGAAGCUCAACAAGUCUAAAACCUCGAUCUAUUUCAGUCCUAAUACAAGACCAGCAACUAGGGAGUACAUCUUGAGUCUUGCUCAAACAAGAGCCUCCUUUUGUUAUGAAAGGUAUCUGGGUCUCCCAAAUCUCAUAGGCAGAUCUAAAUAUGCUGCUUUCAAGGGCAUACUAGAUAGAGUCAGGGGAAAAGUCAGUAACUGGAAAAACAAAUUUCUAUCCCAGGCAGGGAAGGAUAUUCUCCUCAAGGCAGUGGUUCAAGCCCUCCCUACCUACUGCAUGGGAGUUUUUAAACUCCCUAAAUCCCUUCUAGGUGAGAUCAACAAAGUUAUGAACCAGUUCUGGUGGGGUCAUCUCCAAAAUGAAAAAAAGGUGCAUUGGUUGUCUUGGGGACAGAUGGGUAGAUCGAAAACUAGAGGAGGUCUGGGUUAUAGAGACCUUGAGAGCUUUAAUUUGGCUCUACUGGCCAAGCAGGGGUGGAGACUUCUUCAAUAUCCUGACUCUAUAGCUGCUCAAGUCCUCAAGCUGAAAUACUUCCCAAAUGUGGAUUUCUUUCAAGCCAAGUUGGGCUCUAGACCAUCUUUCAUAUGGAGAAGCAUUCAGGCUGCAAGAGGUUUGGUUGAAAAAGGGUCACUAUGGCGCAUAGGUAAUGGUCUAGGAACCAAAAUCUGGAAAGAUAGAUGGUUGCCCCAACCUUCUAGUUACAAAAUCCAAAGCCCUGUCCAUCUGUUUCCUGAGAAUGAAGUGGUGGCAAGACUCAUUAAUAAUGAGACAAAACAAUGGGAUAGAGGUCUAACCACAACUCUUUUUGGGCCUGAUACAGCUUCUUUAAUUCAAAGAAUUCCUAUCAGCUUUUCUGGUGCCAACGACAGACUCAUUUGGUUGGGCACCAAAGAUGGAUCUUUCUCAGUCAAGUCUGCCUAUCAUUUGCAGAAAGAGUCCAUGGAACAACUUAAGGGUCAAUCCUCUAGAGGAAUACAGAACAAGGAAGUUUGGACAGGAUGCUGGAAGCUGCAGAUCCCUAAUGCAACUAAGAUUUUCAUCUGGAGGGCCUGCCUGGAAUCUCUUCCAACCAUGCUCAACCUAUCUAAGAGGAAGAUAGUAGACUCCCCUAUAUGCCCCAUCUGUUGUAGGGAACAGGAAUCCACAACUCAUGCACUGUGGGAAUGUACUUCUGCUAUGGAUGUAUGGAGUCAAGGCCAUAUAGUGUUUCAAAAAAGUUCUUUAAGGAAAACCAAUUUCAAAGAGCUUUUCGAGAGCCUAUAUAGUCAGUGUGAUCAAAGCUUAAUGGAACAGUUUUCUGUGUUAGCCAGGAGCAUUUGGUCUAGAAGAAACAAGAUGAUCUUCGAGGGGUCCUUUGUGCAUCCAAGUCUGUUAGUAAAUCAGGCUUCACAAUCAUUGACUGAUUAUAGGACUGCCCAAGAGAACUGGAAGACAAAGGCUCAGAUCCACUCUCAAGCAUCCGUGUGGUCUCCCCCUCCAUCAGGUGUCACAAAAAUUAACUGGGAUGCUGCUGUGGAUAGUCCUAACAAUAGAAUUGGUAUUGGUUUGGUGGCUCGAGACCAAGUGGGUAAUGUUAUGAUCAGCAAAAAGCUCUCCAUUUCUUGCCUUCCUGAACCUCUGCUGGCUGAAGCUAUAGGUGCUUUUCAUGCGGUUUCCCUGGCCAAGGAGAUGGGUCUCACUUCUGUUAUCUGUGAAGGGGAUUCCUUACAGGUUGUUAAUGGUCUCAAUCUCCUUUCAGACAGGGGCGAUAAUGUGGGCAUGUUUUUAUCUGACACUAAGAGUAUUCUCUCUAGUUUUAGUCUUUGGUCUAUGGUUUUUGUUGGGAGGAGUGGUAAUCACUGUGCUCAUGUACUAGCCAAAGAAUCUCUAAUGUUAGCUGUGAACUCGACUGAACUGGUCUAUGGUACACCAUGUAAUCGUGGCCCCUUUUAA